AUGGUCGUUCCGCCCCCAGCACCCGAUACAUGCACACAGGUUAGCCCAGAUUGCCCAGUGGAGGGCACCAUUCUAGGAUACUACCCGGACAUUGGUGCCAAUGCAGCAUAUGCGGGGUUCUUUGCCCUUGCCGCUCUUAUCAACCUUGGAUUGGGACUCCGAUACAAGACAUGGUCCUAUAUGACUGCCAUGGGUCUGGGUUGUGUAGGCGAGGCAGUGGGUUACGCAGGCCGAAUCAUAAUGUGGAAUAACCCCUUCGACAACACGGGGUUCCAGAUGCAAAUCUGCUGCCUCAUCAUCUCGCCCGCCUUCAUCUCCGCCGCCAUCUACCUAACACUCAAGUAUCUCGUCAUUAGCUUUGGCGAGUCGUGGUCGCGCCUCCGACCGGCGCGGUAUACACACAUUUUUAUCGCGGGAGAUUUCCUGUCGCUGGUGCUGCAGGGCGCGGGCGGUGGCAUCGCUGCGACUGCUGACUUUGGCAGCGAAGCACAGGAUAAUGGCACAAACAUCAUGAUUGCAGGUGUGGUCUGGCAGGUCUUCACACUGACCGUCUUUGGCUUCUUGCUCGUUGAAUACGCCAUCCGCACGUACAAGCACCGCGAGGAGCUGUCGGACGAAGCUAGGACUCUGCUACAACAGAAGUCAUUCCGCCUCUUCCUCUUUGCCAUUGCACUGGCCUUUAUUACCAUUUUUGCUCGAUGCGUCUACCGUAUCCCCGAGCUUGCUUUUGGGUGGAGGAGCGAGCUGAUGCGCGAGGAGGUGGAUUUUAUCGUGUUGGAAGGAGCCAUGAUUGUCACUGCAGUGGUGGUUCUGACCGUCUUCCAUCCUGGAUACUGCUUCCCUGCUCUUGCGAAGGGGGGCGACCAGAGCAAGUCGGUUCGGGGCAAGAGCAUUUAUGACGACUCGGACGUUGAGAUGAUGUCUGCUUGCCGCCCGUCGCAGCAGGUGCAGGCUAAGGAUUUUUGA